CCUCAAACUUGAACUUUAUUACUACCAUCAGCUGAUAUCGUUUUUUAUUAAAUGAAAAAAUACUGGAUAAUGUACAUUAAAAUUUAACUAUAAAAUAAACAAAUUGUCGGUUCUAUGGGCAAUUAAAUUUAAGGUCGGUCUCAUUUAUGAACCAUUCAAUUUUUCGAAUAAAAGUUAUUAAGGUCAAAGUAUUAAUUAUCAUUCCUUCACUAUCAGAGUUCCUAUAGAAAACAUUUUACUUUUUAUAUCAGUUUACUAAAAAAUGUCUUCGCACUGGGAAUCAUUCUAUGCGACUCACUUGCCCCCAACGGAUUUCGAAGAUAAUCGCAAACUUUUACAAGAUUUUUGUGAGAGGCAUAAUAGAAACAAUGAGAGAAUAGUUUUGGUUACAUCUGGGGGCACCACGGUGCCUUUAGAACAUAAUACGGUGAGGUUUGUGGAUAAUUUCAGUGCGGGGACUAGAGGGGCCGUCAGCACUGAAUAUUUUUUAGAAAGGGGCUAUGUGACUAUUUUCAUGCAUAGAUUAAAGAGCCUCCAACCAUUUACUCGACACUUUAAUGGGCAAAAAUUUAUGGAUAUGUUAGAGUUGGAUGAGAGGGGACCAAACACCACUAUAACAGUGAAACCCGAUAGUGUGGAUGUGCUUGCACCGAUUUUGGCCCAAUAUAAGGCAGCCCAAGAAAAUGGUAGGAUUUUGUAUGUUAGUUUUACAACAGUCUCAGACUAUUUUUGGUUGCUGAGGGCCGCAUGUGAAUGUCUUGCUACUUUUACUACUCGAGCAGUUCUUUAUUUAGCUGCUGCCGUUAGUGAUUUCUAUGUACCUGCCCAUGAGCUGCCAACACAUAAAAUACAGAGUGGAGGUGUUGCCCCGAACAUUCAGUUACAAUUGGUGCCAAAACUGUUGGCCCCCCUGGUGAGUCUUUGGGUCCCGCACGCCUUUGUGGUCUCGUUUAAACUGGAAACCGACGAAAGCAUCUUGAUCACAAAAGCUCGAGAGGCCCUGAACAAAUAUAAACACAAACUAGUGAUAGGAAACAUGUUGCAAACACGACGAAAUAAAGUGGUUUUCGUCACCCCCGAUAACCAUUACGAUUUGGUUCUCACCAGGGAGCAACUACUCAAAGGGAUGGAAAUUGAGGAAAUUAUUGUGGCAAAUGUCGUGGCCAAUCACACCGAUUACAUAAAGAUGUUCUAGAGGUACUUUCUGUUGUAUGUCCUUUAUACAGGGUGUAGUGUAAUAGCAUUAAAAAAAAAUUAUUGUGGUAAGUGUUAGAUAUACUUUCCAUGUUUUUGUUUUCAUAUUUUUAUAUGGUACUUUUUGUUUUUUGUUGUAAUUUAUUCAACUGAAAAGUGUUAAAUGAUAAUCAUUAUAGAGCAUUUAUAGAAAAAAUGUGUACAUAAGAAUUGUAGCGUCAAAAGUCAAGCGAAUUGUAGUGUUGACCAAAAACUCCUUGAAUUUAUUUAUUUAUACUUAUAAUAUUGUAUUCUACAAAGCAGGGUGUAACAGUAAAUGUAGUAAAAAACAUAUCUAAGUGUACGUAUUGUGUAGAGAAAAAAUAUACAAAAUAUUUAUUAA